AUGGAUUACCUUAAAACCAUUGUACCAUCUCAAUUCUUCGCCGAGCGCGGCUCUAACGUCGUCGUUAUCAACCCAGGUUCAGCGAAUGUAAGAAUAGGACUAGCGAAGCAUGAUGCUCCUAUUAGUGUGCCGCAUUGCAUUGCUAGACGAACAUCUCAAGUUCCGAAAAGGAAUGUUCAGGACCAGUUGCUCAAUUCUCAGGUUACCACAGUGCAGCAUAUGGAGCGGGAAAGGGCUUAUGACAUUAUUGCGUCAUUGUUGAAAAUUCGGUUUUUAGAUGAGGAGAUGGUAAACAAUCAGUAUCCACCGAAGAUGGCUCGCGUAGAUGUGUUUCCUCCUCAAAGUAAUACCAAAAAAGAUUCGGUUAUCCCAUGGACUGAUGUGUUUGAGAAACGUGCAUCAUCUUCCGAAGCAGGAAGUUCACUGAGAACUGAAGAGACUUCAGUUGACAAAGAAGGUACUGUCAAUGAGGGGGAGACCAGUUCAACUGAGCCUAAAUACAGAGAGUGUAUUUUUGGUGAAGAAGCUUUGAGAAUAUCGCCUACUGAACCGUAUUGCUUACGCCGGCCUAUUCGCAGGGGACAUCUCAAUAUCUCUAUGCAUUAUCCCAUGCAGCAGGUAAUCGAAGACAUUCAUGCUAUAUGGGAUUGGAUUUUGACUGAAAAGCUGCAUUUACCUCAAAAUGAAAGGCAUAUGUAUUCUGCUGUCCUUGUUGUUCCUGAGACCUUUGAUAACCGCGAAAUAAAGGAACUUCUGUCCAUUGUACUCAGAGACUUGAAUUUCAGCUUAGCAGUAGUCCACCAGGAAGGCCUUGCUGCAGUCUUUGGAAAUGGUCUAUCAACGGCAUGCGUUGUGAAUAUUGGCGCUCAAGUGACGACGGUAAUUUGUAUUGAGGAUGGAGUGACUCUACCUACCACUCAGAUUAAUCUACGGUACGGCGGAGAGGAUAUAUCGAGAUGUCUUCUUUGGACACAAAGACAUCAUCAGACAUGGCCACCUAUCCGUACUGAUGCUCUUACAAAGCCAAUGGAUUUGUUGAUGUUGAAUAGACUUAAAGAAUCUCACUGCCAGAUUAGAGAAGGUGAAGUUGAAGCAGGUUCUAUAGUUCAUUCUUAUGAAGAUGACGUGCCACCCGGGUCACACAAGACAAGGCUUACUGCGCUUAAUGUUCCCCCUAUGGGUUUGUUCUACCCAAUGCUUUUGGUUCCUGAUGUUUAUCCUCCGCCACCUCGCACCUGGUUCAGUGAUAACGAGGAUAUGUUGGAAGAUACUUGGGAAUAUCCAAGAAGACCAGACAUGUCAGAUGGUUACUUCUCUUCUAGUGGUGGAUAUUUCCCUAUGUGGGAAAACUACCCUGUGUUCCACUCAAAGCCCAAAAAACAAGAUAUCAUUGGUCUUGCAGAUGCUAUUACAAAAAGCAUUCUUUCCACAGGGCGUAUAGACCUGCAGAGAAAGUUGUUCUGUAGUAUGCAGCUGAUAGGUGGAGUGGCUUUAACUGAGGGUCUCAUUUCUGCUGUGGAAGAAAGGGUAUUGCAUGCUAUUCCUUCUCAUGAAGCCAUUGAUACGGUGGAGGUUUUGCAAUCUAGAACAAAUACAGCCUUUGUAUCAUGGAAAGGUGGAGCGAUAUUAGCUGUUCUUGAUUAUACACGAGAUGCGUGGAUACACCGUGAGGACUGGAUCAAGAACGGGAUUCAUAUUGGUAGUGGCCGAAAGUACAAGGAUUCCUAUUUUCUUCAAGCACAAUCUUUGUGUUACAUUAAUUCCUGA